UAAUAUACGUCUAUUUGAAACUCUAGCGUAAAAGAGUUGAAGGCAGAAGGCGGAGCAAAGAGUGCGCUUCAGGACCAGGGCACAACUUCUGGACAAGAAGAAUAUAUGGAUGAUGUGGAGGGUUAUGGAGAGGUAGACCUGGCAGCUAACGUGUAUGACGACGACUACUUAUCAUCCGAUGGCGAGAAUGUGGCGGAUGUAACAAUCGACCUUCUCGAGGACGAAGAGUUUCCAGAUAUGCUGGAUCAGGAAGAGAUCUCCCAUCAUGCCCUUGCCAUGAACACUUAUGAGCACGAAUUGGAGGAUUCAAGUCGGAGUGGAGGCGUAGGCUUUAAUGGCUAUGGCGGUGAUGUUCAGUCUCAACUGCAACAACAACCGCAACAGGUGCAGUUACAGCAACAACAGCAACAACAGCAGAUACCAUCACAGCGGCAUAUUGCUCAGCAGUCACAACACUCGCCAUUAACUAGCGAACGGAAACUUUCUCGCGAUCGGGAGCGCGAUCCUUCACAUGCACUUAAAGGCCGGAAGUCUGAGGCGUUCAGCAGGCUACCUAUGCCAAAGAGCUUUCAGCAACAUUCGUCAGCAUCUGGCAUUCCUACCCUCCAGCAUCGCCAUUCGAACUCUACCACAUCUGGCCGCAAUAAUCCGCCCAAUACCUCACCACCUUUGGGAGGCAAAUCUCGAGAACCGAAGCCAAGUCCAUCUGAGAUGAUAUCGAGUCCUGGACCAGCAAAUGAUUAUAUCAGUCAGAAAGGAGGCAGCAGUGUAUCGCCCAUCGCUGUGAAGCAACAUCCGUCUGUGAACACAAAGCAUGGGCAUUCUUCUUCUGCUUCCAGUAACAACAAUGGGCCUAUCAGCGCAGGAUCCGCAUCGGGUGGCGGCGAUAUGAAUAAUGUGAGCAUGACCUCGCCUACGUCGCCCAAGGUGGCACUAUCCUCGUCUGUGUCUUCUGGAACCGGACAGCAGAACGGCAGCAGCAGUAGCAGCAGUAGGAAUUGGAGUACUGCAGAAAUGGACGACUUUAUACGCGAGCAUCGUAUUCAACUGCGGGACUGUGGCGAGCUCACAAAGAGGGAGACGAAGCUGCUUGCGAAUGUGACCCUAGGCAUGUCUUCAUCGAUCCAUGCACAGACCACAGGGUUUUCGAACAACCGGGAGUCAUUCAUGAAGUAUCUGGAUGAGUUGGAUGAGAUUGUGGACGAGAAACUGAUAACGAUUGUGACAAUGUCGCAGAAAUUGAAGGCGUUGCGCGGACACGGACAGACGUGAAGCGGAGGAAGGAGAAAGCAUUUUUCAAUGGUGGUCAUUAUAAUCAAUAGAAGCAUCCUUUCUGCAUAUUAUCGCUAGCGCAAGAAUCGUUGAAGUAAACUUAACGAGAUACCAUUCCACCCUAUUCUCUCCCCCCCCCAUUACCUCCACUACCACUACCGCCGUGUAUAAUUUACAAAUGUCAUAUUUAACAACAACAAUGUAGGUUUUCAAGAACCCAUUUUCAUAUAUUGAAAUAUUACUGAAAGACACAAACGACACAGGUAAUGAGGAUGAGAGAAGACGACCGAGAAGUGUAAGAAGUGCCGUUUUGGAUGGUCGAAAAAAGAACAGUUUAGUUUUCCUUGAGUUCCUCCUUCAAUAGAGAGACAAAGAUAUCUGAGUCUGGGAAUGCCAAUCGU